UCUAUCGCAGCGGCCAGAGCUGGGGACAGCCGGAUACAGGGGCCACCGAGUGCAUUCCCAGAACCAGCACUCGCGGUGGCCAGCGGGCUGCGAGGAGCUCCGCCUGCCCGCGGACAGCGACAGCCAGCCGGCGCAGGACCGUGGGGCUCCGUCCGGGAGGUCCAGACCUGCUCCACGGUGACAGCCAUGUCUGUGAGGUUGCGCUUCCUGUCUCAUGGGGAUGCCGGGGCUGUGGGGACCGUGGGCCGCAGCGCCUCCUUUGCUGGCUUCAGCGCACAAAGCCGGAGGGUCUCAAAGUCCAUCAACAGGAACUCUGUGAGGUCACGGCUGCCGGCCAAGUCCUCCAAGGCGUAUGGAACACUGCGCAAGGGCUCGCUCUGCCUGGACCCCCGGCCGCAGCAGGUGAAGAAGAUCUUUGAUGCUUUGAAGAGAGGCCUCAGGGAACACCUGUGUGAGCAGCAGGCUGAGCUGGAUUACCUGUGUGGACGACACACGGACACCCAGAGGAGCUCCAGGCUGGCUUUCUACUACGAUCUGGACAAGAAGCAAACACGCUUGGUUGAGAGACACAUCCGGAAGGUGGAGUUCCACAUCAGUAAGGUGGAUGAGCUCUAUGAAGGCUAUUGUAUCCAGUGGCGUCUGCGAGAUGGUGCCUCCAACAUGCAGCGUGCCUUCAGCAACAGCACCCAGAGUCGCGCCUCCCGUGAGAGCCUGCAGGAGUUGGGCCGCAGCCUCCAGGAGUGCAUGGAGGACAUGUGUCUCAUAGAGGGGGCCUUGGAAGUUCACCUGGGCGAGUUCCACGUGAAGAUGAAGGGCUUGGUGGGCUAUGCACGCCUCUGUCCCGGAGACCAGUAUGAGGUGCUCAUGCGCCUGGGCCGUCAGCGGUGGCGGCUAAAGGGCCGGAUAGAGCCAGAUGACAGCCAGACCUGGGAUGAGGAGGAGAAGGCCUUUGUGCCCACAGUGCAUGAGAACCUUGAGAUCAAGGUAACCGAGCUUCGAGGCCUGAGCUCAAUGGUGGUGGGUGCUGUGACAUGCGACAUCGCCGACUUCUUCACAGCCCGACCACAGCUUGUGGUGGUGGACAUCACUGAGUUGGGCACCAUCAAGCUGCAGCUGGAACUGCUGUGGAACCCCUUGGACUCUGAGUGCCAACUGGUGUCACCCAGCCCCACUGGCAGGUUCUCCAUGGGCAGCAGGAAGGGCUCCCUGUACACCUGGACACCACCCAGCACCCCCAGUUUCCGGGACAAAUACUACCUGUCUGUAGUCCGGCAGCCGGUGCAGCAGGCCUUGCUGCUAGGUGGGCCCAGGGCCACCUCCAUCCUCGGCUACCUGUCUGACAGUGAGCUCCAGGGCCCCCGCCUGCGGAGCCAGAGCCAGGAGCUACUUGAGAUGGACUCCUUCAGCUCUGAGGACCCCAGAGACACUGAGACCAGCACUUCAGCAUCUACCUCAGAUGUGGGCUUCCUGUCCAUGCCUGCGGUACCCACAGCUUGCAUAGAAGAGGGGGCCAAGGAGGAGCCCCCACCCUUGGGCCUGCUGCCAGGCCUGGCUCAUCCGGUUGGGGGUGUGCUGGUGGAGCAGCCUGGCUGGAGGGACUUGGGAGGAGAGAGGCUGACCCUGCUGCAAGAUGCCCCAGUCCACAGUCGUGUGGUGCCACAGAGCCGGAGCCGGCAGGGCCAGGAGGAAGGAGCUGGGGACGGAGUGGAGAGGCCUGUGCAGGAGGUCCUGGACCUGCUGCGCUCUGCAGACCCUGCACAGCCCCAGCUCCGGGAGCUGGAAUAUCAAGUCCUUGGCUUCAGGGACCGGCUGAAGCCCCGAGGGGUGCAGCCAGAAGCUGUAUCAGUACAGAGCCUGAUGGACUGUAUCCUCGAGAGCUUUGCCUUUCUGAAUGCCGACCUUGCCAGUGAUGAGAUGUCCCUGUUUGGGGGCUCCCAGGCUCCUGAGAAGGACAGCCCCCCGCCCCCUCGGCCAUCAUUGAAGGUGUCAUCCAGUGAGCUCACAGCUGGUGCCCCUGAGCUGGACACACUGCUCACCGUCCACCUUCAAGUCUGCAAAGCCUUGCUUCAGAAACUGGCCUCCCCUAACUUAUCAACAAUGGUCCAGGACUGCCUCCUGGAGGAAGCAGAGCAGCAAAGGCAUGUUCUGGAACUGCUUUCAGACCUUGACUUUGAGCAGGUCAGCAAGGCCAGGUCGGUUGAAGAGAUCAUCCCACAGGCUCCUCACAGGAAGGGUGGCUUGGCACUGUGGCAAGGGUGCACACAGCCUGGCGGAGUCCUGGCUUGCCCUUCCUCCACACUCCUCAGCCAGCUUAAGAAGAUGUUCCUACAUCGAGUCCGAGGGAAGUACCCAGGCCAGCUGGAAAUAGUGUGUCGCAGGCUCCUGGAGCAGGUGGUCGGCUGUGGUGGGCUGUUGGCCACAGCGGGGCUCCAGGAAGAGCAGAUGGUCACCUGGUUCCAGUUCCAUAGCUACCUGCAGCGGCAGAACGUCUCCGACCUGGAGAAACACCUCAGCCAGCUCACCAAGGAAGUUACUCUCAUUGAGGAGCUUCAGUGUGCAGGCCCAGCCAAGGCCUUGAGGAAGCUGCACGGGAAACGUCUGGGCCAGCUGCAGCCCCUGCCCCAGACACUUCAAGCUUGGGCACUGCUGCAGCUGGAUGGACCCCCGAGGCUCUACAGGGCUGCCAGAGCACGCCUGGCCAGUGCAGCCAGGAAUAGAAGCUUCCGGGAAAAGGCUCUGUUGUUCUACACCAACGCCUUGAAUGACAGUGACGCCAAGGUCCAGCAGGCAGCGUGCAUGGCGCUGCAGCAGCUUGGGGGCAUCGAAAGCAUUGACCAGAUCGCCAGCCUGUGUCGGUCUGACCUGGAGGCCGUACGAGUGACCGCUCGGGAAGCAACACUGUCAUUUGGUGAGAAAGGCCGCCUAGCUUUUGAGAAGAUGGACAAACUCCACUCACAACAAGCAAUCUACCAGGAAGCAGAUGUUGAAAUCACAAUUUUCUAAGAAGCUACGAUCACUGAGCUCCGAUCCAGUACCAUUCUUCCUUGAUGCUGUCCAGCUUCCAAAGUGCCCAAGUUUUGGACUGAGCACCUGAGGCACUCCUUCACAAAUGUGGGCUGGUCAGCAUGGCUACCCGAGGUUUGGGUCAGUACCUAGCCUGAGGGCACAGUGGUGCACUCAGAGCAGGAGAAAGUGGUAUGUGGGACCUCUGAGGCUGUGGCCUCCCCAAAUGCUGGUUUUGUCUGUCCUGCCUUCCUGGGGUGCAGUGCCAGGGGCAGCUGGCACUGGCUGAGGAUCAAGGGUCCAAGACAAGAUGAAGCUCCAAGACAGACAUGCAGACAGAGCAGGGGCAGAACUGGUCUGAUAAACAUAGGCUGAGACAGCUGGCUGGUGGACAGGCCCACUUUCCAGCACAUGCCAACCUGAGGCCCAUUAGGUGAAUUGUUCAGAAACCAGAGCUGAGGUGAGGUUUUCAUUGAGGCUAUGGGUUUCCUACUUCAGCGAAUAAACCACUCAAAACAGGGUAUCUGAGAUGCCCAUGAGGGGCCAAGUGGCUCUUGGGGUUGACUUGGACUCACCCAUUUAAGAGUUGCGUGGGCCACGUGUGCUGACUUACCUUGGUAUUUAUUUCAUGCCCUCAUUCGUGUCCAUUUUCUGAAAUCUCAGUUAAAAACUCUGUAGUGUAUGGUUACCAAGUAGAUAAGGUUGUGUCUAUACAGCCACACAGAAGAGGGUAGCCAGGGCCACAGGGCUCUGCAGGACCCAUUGAGGAUCCUCCCUACACUCUUGAUUCCUAAGGCUCAUGGCAGGCUGCCCUACCCUGGGGAUACUUUAAGGACACCCCAGGCCUUUGCCAAGGCUUUGCCCCACUGGAGUUAUCCCAGUUACACAUUACGCCAGUGUUCUCUGUGAAGCUCAGACACUAUUUUCAUACCUGAAGCUUUCAGUUGUGACAGUGGGCACUGCGCUUCCAUUGUUCUGUGGCUCCAGGACCACAGCAGGGACCACUUACCACACAAACCAUUGUGAAGCCUUGAGAGGUACAGGGCUGUGCUUUCUUUUUUGCAGGAGGGGACGGUGGUGGUGGUGGCAUUAAGACAGGGUUUCUGUGUGGCCCUGGC